AUGCUUCUAUCUAUCGAUCUAUUUAUCUAUCUCGUUGAUAUGUUAACAGUUCAUAUCUAUCUAUCUAUCUAUCUAUCUAUCUAUCUAUCUAUCUAUGUAUCACAUUCAUAUCGUUACAAUCCAUAUCUAUCUAUCUAUCUAUCUAUCUAUCUAUCUAUCUAUCUAUCUAUGUAUCACAUUCAUAUCGUUACAAUCCAUAUCUAUCUAUCUAUCUAUCUAUCUAUCUAUCUAUCUAUCUAUCUAUCUAUCUAUCUAUCUAUCUUAUUCAUGUCAGUAUUCAUGUCUAUUCAUAUCUGUAUUUAUAUCUAUAUCUAUUCAUCUAUCUAUCUAUUUAUCUUUAUCUAUCUAUAUAUUAUCAGUAUCUAUCUAUCUAUCUAUCUAUCUAUCUAUCUAUCUAUCUAUCUUAUUCAGGUCAGUAUUCAUGUCUAUUCAUAUCUGUAUUUAUGCUUAUCUAUCUAUCUAUCUAUCUAUCUAUCUAUCUAUCUAUCUAUCUAUCUAUCGAUCGCAGUUUCAUUAAAUAUAUUAAUCGAUCUGUAUGUAUCGUUAUGUUCAUUAUCUAUCUAUCUAUCUAUCUAUCUAUCUAUCUAUCUAUCUAUCUAUCUAUCUAUCUUUACAAGCAUGUGGCUAUUGCAAUAA